CCACAUUCGUGUUAUUUGACGAGGAGGCCUUCUCUAUUUUAAAUAUGUCAUGUUCGCUGUUGUUGGAUAAAACUGAUGUGAUUUUUUUACUAAGGUUGGAGACUGGACAAAUAUUUGGAAUCGGCUGAGACACGACGAUGGACAAAUCGAAAUGUUUUAGACUGUGACAAAUAUUAAAAGAUUAUUCAAUCAAUAUGAAGAAUAUGACUUUGGGAAAAUUGGGAGUCUUGCAACAGAAAAUGUUGAGCUAAAAGGACCACCGGAUCAUUCUCAUUAUUUUAGGUUGAGCUAAAAGGACCACUGCAUCAUUCUCAUUAGUUGUUUAUGUUCUUCAGGAUAAUUCUAGAUAUGGGGUUGAACUCUUCCUUGCGCAUCUCUAAAUGGCAGCCCAAAACUAUUCCCUCAAUCCAUUAUUGCCGCUACACCUCUCUCUCAAGUCUCACCCCCUUUGCUGUCCGUCGCCUCUUUCCUCUACCGGCCGAAACUCCCCGACAUCUUUCGCGAGGACAGCUGGAAUCAAGACUACUGCAAUCCCGCCUCUCAAGCUUCAGCCUAGAUUACUUCGCAGUCUUGAAAUCGCUGAACUAGAAAUUGUGGGCAUGAGAGAGUAACAUGAAAAUUAAGGGGGGUUUCUAAUUCAGUGGCUCAUCUCAAUAUGGGAUUCCAAUCCAGCCUAGCAGUUUUAGAAAUGCUACAUGAACCAAGAAGGGAAACAAGUUCUGUCUGUUUCUUCCUUUGUGUUCUUCUAUCCAUUCCAAGAGUUCUUGCAUUCAAGCUAAUAGCCAUUGACAUUUUUUUGGGCACAAAAAAGGACUACUACUCUGCACAGAAACCACUAUUCUUCUCUCUGUAGAUUUCAAUAUGUAAUUACUAAUCCGUGUGUACUAUUAAGCACAAGAGCCAUCUACAGACUACUACUGCUUUUGAUUAAUUAUUGGUGGCAUUCACAAUUAAACUACUAUUUUAAAAUGUUAAGAGGAUCGUCAACUCUCUAUAAGGCCCGGAGUCAAAAAUUCAAAGGCCUUUUGGUUACUUUGAACCCCCACUCACCUCAAGCGCUCAAACAAUGAUUCCAAAAGAUGAAAAAGUUUAUAAAAGAGCGAAUCUUUCUUUCAUUCUAACUCCCAUGCACAAAGUAUUCAUGAAGAACAUUUGAUACACUUUAAUAAACUUUAACGUCUAAU